GAUUUAUUAUUAAAUCACAGUGUCUUAAUUUAAAUUGACUCUGCGUUCAACUUUUUAUUGAUGUAGGCCGAUACGAUGCAAUAGAAAUAAUAUAAACAUGGUUUUAUCGACGAGACAGAGAGAUGAAUUAAAUCUCGCCAUCUCUGAAUAUCUUCGUGCCAACGGUUACAGCAAAGCUCUCGAUGCUUUUAAAGAAGAAGCUGACCUGCCCGAACAGCCAGAUAAGAAAUAUGAAGGUUUGAUGGAGAAGAAAUGGACUUCAGUCGUCCGUCUGCAGCGAAAGGUAAUGGACUUAGAAGCAAAACUAAAUGAACUCCAAAAAGAAACCCGCGAUGGCCUCACCCCCCACAACAAGAAAGAUCCUUCAGAAUGGAUUCCCCGGCCACCAGAACGAUGUGCACUCAGUGGACAUAGAAAUCCCAUAACUCGGGUGAUAUUCCAUCCCGUCUACAGUGUUGUGUUGUCUGCUGCAGAAGACUCUACUAUCAAGGUAUGGGAUUAUGAGACAGGGGAUUUUGAACGAACUUUGAAAGGUCAUACUGAUGCAGUUCAAGAUAUUUCGUUUGAUCCGACUGGGAAAGUAUUAGCAUCCUGCUCUGCUGAUCUCUCCGUGAAAAUUUGGGAUUUUGUUGAAUUUGAAUGUACCAAGACACUGACAGGCCACGACCAUAAUGUUUCAUCUGUCAGUUUCAUGCCAGAUGGUGACCAUAUCGUAUCAGCAAGUCGAGAUAAAACAAUUAAGUUGUGGGAGUUGGCUACUGGAUAUUGCAUAAAAACUUUUCUUGGCCACAAAGAAUGGGUUCGAAUGGUACGACCGAAUAUGGACGGAUCAUUACUUGCUAGCUGCUCUAAUGACCAAACUGUUCGUGUUUGGCUCACUGCUACCACCGAGUGUAAGAUGGAAUUACGAGAGCAUGACCACGUGGUGGAGUGCUUGUCAUGGGCUCCUGAAUCAGCGGCCGCUAAUAUUUGUGCAGCUGCUGGGAUUGAGGUAAGAAAGGGCGAAAAAGUUGGUCCGUUUAUUGUGUCCGGCUCGAGAGACAAAACGCUAAAGAUAUGGGACGUAUCAACAGGCCAAUGUCUGUUUACUCUCAUUGGUCACGAUAGCUGGAUUCGAGCGGCCAUGUUUCAUCCACGCGGGAAGUUUCUCAUCACAGCAUCUGACGAUAAAACACUCAGAGUUUGGGACAUCAAGAAUAAAAGAUGUCACAAAACUUUGGCAGCUCAUGAACAUUUUGUUACCGAUCUAGAUGUCCACAAGAGUGCGCCAUACAUCAUCACUGGCAGUGUUGACCUCCUCGUGAAAGUUUGGGAAUGCCGGUGAAUGGCAACACUGGAAAUGACGCAGUAACGCACUCAUGUUACCUUACAAACAAUGGCGGCGUGUGAAUUGCAAUUGUAGGGCACGGAACUUAACGCUGAUUAGCAUCGAUUGUAAUUUAUUAUAUUUUAUCUGGACGGGAAUUAUUGCAGUGAGCUCAAGAUAUAAAGAAGCAGACGCCCAAAGCUGCUCUGUGUGUUCCUUAGGCAAUUGUGUGGUUUGAGACACGCGCUGCACUAGCUUAUAUCACAAACAUUGCUGCGUUGGCUUGCUGUUUAAAACAAUAAUCCUACAUCUGUUUAAACAUGACAAAGUAGGAUAGGUAUAGUGUUAGUUCCCCAUUGUUAGGUUUGAAUAGGGAUUGUUGCAUCACACACAUGGUUUGUCAGGAUUUCUAUUGAUGUAUGUUCUGUAUAUAAUGACAUUUUAAGCCAAGGUUAAUCAAUAUACUUAUUAAAUUAACUUUAUAAUUUGCAUCGCAACCUGUCACAUCUCCUAAGCCGAUAUAUACCUUUGUAAGUCUUAACAUUAAUCAGUAAUUGAAACGCAUGCCUUUUCUUGUAAUAAACCUUUUUGAAAUGAAGUUCCAAAAUUGAAAUCUAAACCUCUGGUUCCAAAGAUGUUCUUACAUUACCUUAACCCCAUGUUUACUAAUAUGGUUGGUUUGUUAUUGAUUAUAAGCUCUGGUUCCCCCUGCAUGCUCACUGCUUGUGUACCUCUUGUAUUAAAUGCUUUGAAUUGGUGAAUGUUACCGAAAUAUAUGUCGUCAAACACUGAA